AUGCCUUCCUUCACCUCUAUCUUUUUGACCGUUGCCACUGGUCUUUUGGGCGUUGCUCAGGCUCUUGAGCUGCCUUUGACGAAGAUGCCUCCUCAAUUCACCCAUUGGGACGAAGACGGAAACUACAUCGGUGACUGGCCCGCAACGUUCCUUGCUUACUAUGUCACCAUUGGCCUUGGUACCCCUGCUCAGGAAUUCACUGUCCAAAUUGAUACAGGCAGUUUCGACUUGUGGGUUCCUGCUGUUGGUUGCACCGGCGGCGACUGUGGUUCUGACGAUCCUCAACGCUACAACCCCAGUGCUUCCUCUACUUCCAAGAACACCGGUAGCACAUACAGCAUCGGUUACAUUACUGGUGGCUCCUCCGGCCCCGUGUACCAGGAUACCCUUACAAUUGGUGGGGUUAAAUUGACCAACCAGCAGUUCGGUGCAGCCUCUGCCGCUUCUAUGGAUACCUAUGCCAACUAUGGCUUCAGCGGUGUCAUGGGUAUUGGUGCCAUGUCUCACUAUGCCAUGUCUGGAACCUCCCCCCUUUACCACAUCUUCCAGGAAAACCUCGUCAAUCCUCACAUUGCCACCUUCAACCUUAGAAACGAUGUCUCCUCCAGCUCCCUUAUUCUCGGUGAUGUGCCCACGAGCUUGGCCAGUACGGCCUUCUCCUGGUCCCCCAACACCUGCUCCGUCUACUUCUGCAGUACAUUGAACUCCAUCAAGGUCGGCAGCACCACUGUCAGCUCGACCGCCCUCACUGCCAUUGUCGAUUCUGGUACCUCAGCCUUCGUUCUUGGCAGCAACCUUGCCGCUUCUAUUAAUAAACUUCUUGGUGUUACUAGUGGACAACGGAUGGCCACUUGCUCUGGUCCUGACAUUACUUUCACUAUUAACGGCAAGAGCUACACCUUUACAUUCAACGACUACGCCCUUAACUACGGUAACGUUUACUGCUUCUCCCUCUUCUACUCCAACUCCUACUUUGACAGCAAUGGCGAGAUGAUUCUUGGUGACCCUUUCUUCCGCAAGGUCUUGACUUCCAUCAACUACGAUACCAACCAAAUUGGUUUCGCUUCCUACAAGUAA